CCGGCCGGGCGGCGCCCCAAUGCCCAACUGCCGGCUGCGGCGGGGCCGGCACCAGCUGGUGUCCCGCUCGCUGCACAGCGCUCAGCACUGCCUGGAGAGCCGGGACUUCGGCACCGCCUACGCCCACUACCUCCUCGUGCUCAACCUAGCGCCACAGCUCAAGGCAGAUGUCAAGGAAACCUUUCAGUACACCCUCUUCAGAUGGGCAGAAGAACUGGCCGCACUCAGUCGAAUACCUGACUUAUUUGGAUGCUAUGAACAAGCCUUGGAACUGUUUCCUGAUGAUGAAGUAAUUUGUAACAGUAUGGGGGAGCAUCUAUUCAGAAUGGGCUUUAGAGAUGAAGCAGCGGGUUAUUUUCACAAAGCAGUGAAGCUAAAUCCCGACUUCGCCGAUGCCAAGGAGAAUUUUUACCGUGUUGCAAACUGGCUAGUUGAACGCUGGCAUUUCAUCAUGCUUAAUGACAUCAAGAGGAAUAUGGCUUAUCAGGCAGCAAUCCAGAAGGUGGUGAGCUUGGGAUGCAAAACUGUUCUGGACAUCGGCGCUGGAACUGGAAUACUGAGCAUGUUUGCCAAGAAAGCCGGUGCACCUUCUGUCUACGCCUGCGAAUUGUCAAAGACCAUGUACGAACUUGCUUGUGAUGUUGUAGCAGCAAACAACAUGGCAAUGGAAAUAAAACUCCUCCAUAUGAAGUCCCUUGAUAUAGAGGUUCCAAAACACCUUCCUGAGAGGGUUUCCCUUGUUGUAACAGAAACUGUUGAUGCAGGUUUAUUUGGAGAAGGCAUUGUGGAGAGCUUGAUCCAUGCCUGGGAGAAUUUGCUUUUGAAGCCAAAGCCCAAAGGUCAGUUUGGUAAUUGUGAAGAAUAUGGACAAGUUAUCCCAGCAGGAGCUGCUGUAUUUGGGAUGGCGGUAGAAUGUGCAGAGAUACGCAGGCAUCACAGAGUGGGUGUUCAAGAUGUUGCUGGCAUCCAUUUGCCAGAAACUCUACAAUUCCACAGUCCAGCCCAUUCUUCUGGGGAUUCUGAAGAAGCAAUCGAACCGUACACGACUGAGAAAAUGAGUAGAGUUCCUGGAGGUUACUUUCCCCUGACCAAGUCCUUUGAGGCACUGACAGUUGAUUUCAACAAUCUUCAGGAACUAAAAAGCCUGGCAAUUAAAAAGCCUGUUAAGAUUAAUGUGCCAGUCACCAGGGGAGGAGUCUUGGACGCUAUUGUGAUCUGGUUUGUUCUCCAGCUUGAUGAUGAACACAGUCUCUCAACAAACCCUAGUGAAGAGACAUGUUGGGAACAAGCUGUUUACCCAGUGCAAGACCUUCCAGAUUAUUCUGUGAGACCUGGAGAUCAGGUGGUGAUGGAAGUGUCCUGCCAGGACUGUUACCUGAGAAUCCAGAAUAUCCAUAUCUUAAACUCUGAGAAGAUGAUGGAUGUUGAGAGGAGUUCCGGCAAGAGUGAAGACUCUCUGCCUUUGGGCAAUGAGGCCGAACUCUGUAAUGCCUUGGCCGGCCUUCAAACCAGCAAAUCAGAUGCAGUAGGACGGAAGUGUACUUUGGAGUCUACAGAAAUUGCUCUGCUCAACAACAGGCCAUAUCACGAAGGUUUCAAAGCAGCCAUGGACAAAGUAUUGUCGUCACUGACUCCAAACAGGUCGUUGCAGCCAAUGGACGUUGAAGGUCGCGGUGGAGAAGUGACCUCCGGAGGUGACCAGAAUGACAAUUCUCCACACGCCACCUGCGAACCUUUGUUUGUGCUAGACGUUUCCGAGGGCUUUUCUGUUCUGCCCAUAAUCGCAGGCAAAUUUGGGCUAGUGAAAGCUUACAGCUCAGUGGAGAAAGAACAGCAUCGAGUGGCCCUUGACCUGAUUUUGGAAGCCAACCACUUUCCUCAAGAAACGUUAGAGUUUUGGCAGAGCCACGUCGAAGAUGAGUGUGCGGUGUUACAGAGACCAAAAUCCGACAAGCUGUGGAGUAUCAUCAUCUUGGACGUCAUUGAGACUUCUGGCCUCAUCCAGCAGGAAGUGAUGGAGAAAGCAGCAAUAUCCAGAUGUUUGCUGCAGUCCGGAGGCAAGAUAUUUCCACAGCAUGUGCUGGUGAUGGGAAUGCUUGUGGAGUCCCAAACUCUGGUAGAAGAGACUGCAGUUCAAGGGACAGAACCCACUCUCGGCUUGAAUAUAGCACCUUUCAUCAACCAGUUUCAGGUGCCUGUCCGGGUGUUUUUAGAUCUUUCCACGUUACCGUGUGUGCCUUUAAGCAACCCAGUAGAACUUCUGAGGCUUGAUUUGAUGAAUCCGUAUUUGAACAGCUCCAACAGAGAAGUGAAGGUACAAAUCAGUAAAUCUGGACAAGUGACAGCUAUUCCAUUCUGGUAUCAUAUCUGUCUUGAUGAAGAGAUUAAACUGGAUACCUCACGUGAGUCAUCCCACUGGAAACAAGCUGCGGUUGUUUUAGACCGUCCCAUCCCCGUUGAAGUGGGAGAAGAACUUGAACUUAGCAUUCAACACCACAAAAGCAACGUCAGCAUCACGGUAAAGCAAUGAAGUCAGCAGGGGGACCAUCCAGAGCUGAAAUCCUAAAACCCUCUGAAUUAACGUCAGUCAGUUGCACGUAUGAGGUUUUUAUAAAAUUCCUUGAGUGAAAAAAGGGGUCAGUGUGUUAUUUAAAUGGCUAAAGUUUUGAUUGAAGCAGACCUCUGGAUUACAAGAUAGCAAAAACUCUACAUUCAGUCACUGCUGGCUGUGGCUUCCUGCCGUACCUUCACUCAUCACGGUUGGUAAAUCAUAUGUUAGGAUCUAAGAAACUCUUGUUUUACAGGAGACUAAUUUUCGUUAACCAAACUCAAUUUUCUGUUAUGGUGUAAGCUAAUGAUAAAAAUAAGAAUAUCUGGGAGUAGUUUUCACUAGCUCCGGAGGUUCAGAGGAAUCGACCACUCAUUCUAAAUUGAAACUGCGUGCCAUCCUCCAACUUGUUUGUAUUUUUUCCAGGUCAACAUGUCAGUGAAGCUUUAAUGGCCACCCUCAACAUUGUAGCAGGCAUCACCAGUGCUUUUUUCCACCCUGGCCAAUCCAGGAGGCAAGUAGGUGAGGCAGAGUUGGUGUUCCCAGAAUGUACUUGACCCAUGAAUACAGAAGUGUGUGCAGCUGAGAUGAACUCAUCUCUUUGGAAAGAUCACUUACUGAAGUUAUGACAGAACUGAACAACAACUUUAAAAUUCAACAAAUUUACUUUAAACUUUACAGCAAUGUGGUACCACCUACUCCCUUCCG